GCAGCCCGGAGGUGCGAGGAGGGUCUGACAGACAGGAUGGCGAGACCGCUGCAGCUGCUCGUGGCGUCCGUGGUGCUGGUGGCGCUGGCCGGCGUGGAGGCGCAGCGGCGGGGGGCGGCCAGGGGCAGGGGCCGGGGCGGCGGCGGGGGCGGCGCGGGGGCGGCGGCGGCGGCGACGGCCGGCGCCGACGACUUGGACGUCGACGCCGUGCUGGGCAGCGAGCGCACGCUGACGGCGCUGCUGCGCUGCGUGGUGGCGCGGGGCGACGGACCCUGCUCCGACCAGGGGAAGGCCGUCAAGGCUUUCGUGGCGUCCGCGGUGGAGACGAACUGCGCGUCGUGCUCGGAGAGCCAGCAGGCGGCAGCCGAGAAGGUGCUCCGACACCUGACAACCCGACGAAAGUCCGACUGGAACAAGCUGGUUGCGCGCUACGACCCCACGGGCGAGCUGCGCAGCCGCUACCGUAAACACUGGGAGCAGCGCGGCGUGCGCAUCUAGCGCCGCUCUUCUGUUUCUCUCUCUCUCUCUCUCUCUCUCCCACUCACUAUUUCUGCUGCCCGCCUCACCCACCUCUUCACUCAACAACCCCCUCUCCAACAACACGCGUACACCCCCACCACUCCCAGGUUGGCUUCACUCGUCUGCCGCCGACCGAUCGACACAACAUUAUCAGUUUUUUACUAUAUUUCUGUGUUUUGUAAAACUAUCCAUUAUCGCCAGAGUAAAUACUGUAAGUACUUGGAAUAAAGAUAUGAAAACGCUUCUGGCUAGUGA